CCUCUUCCGGAGAUAAAACAGCAAGGAGCAGAAGAAGAAGAAGAAGAAAAGAGAGAGAGUUUAAUAACCAUUUAAAAAACGAGAGUUAGUCAGAAACCAACAGAGUGCAGCGGUUAGCUUCAUUAGCUGUUAGCCGCUCCAGGUGUUCUCCAUCAUCACGUACCUGCUGGCGGUCAGGCUCCUCAGAGAGUGUGUCUGUGGAUGGAAGUGUGGAGCUCAGCGAUGGGACCGGAGAGAGUCUUACCGAACUCUGAGGACGAGCUGGGGGAGGAAGAGCGUCCGGCUGACGGAGCGCUGCUGCCGCCGGUGUGGAGUGGGGGGGAGGGAGGGGAGGAGGAGGAGGAGGAGGGGGGUGAGGGGGAGGAGGAGGAGGAGGUGAACAAUGGAGGAUAUUAUUACCAACCUCUGAACCAGGACCCUGACGGUCUGAACAGCGGCGAGCAGCCGGGGGAGGAGGGGGAGGAGAGGGGGGAGGAGGCCCCCUCCCACACCGAGCAGCUGCAGCAGGUGCAGCACAGGAUAGAGGUGAUGGGUCUCCACCUCCCUGAAGCUCCUUCUCCAGACAGCGAUGAGGAGGAGGACCCCGAGGGGGCGGCGGCCCAGAGGAGCCGAGCCUCCAUCCCCAUGGACGCAGACCACGUGGAGCUGGUGAAGAGGACGAUGGCGGCCGUGGCGUUGCCGUCUCUUGGCGUGCCGUCCUGGGCCACAGAGAUCUCAGACGACCAGUGGAAGGACAUGGUCCAAAACACACUGCAGAGCCGGCAGAGCUCCGGCGCCCUGCGCCUCACCCGCAGGGGCAACAUCAACGGUCCCUGAACGCACCUCCGCAGCUUCCACAGCCCCUACAGACCCUGAACGCACCUCCGCAGCUUCCACAGCCCCUACUGACCCUGAACGCACCACCGCAGCUUCCACAGCCCCUACAGACCCUACAGACCCUGAACGCACCACCGCAGCCCCUACUGACCCUGAACGCCCCUACUGACCCUGAACGCACCACCGCAGCUUCCACAGCCCCUACAGACCCUGAACGCACCACGACACUGCCAGAGGGUCGGGAAACAGGACGAAGGUGACGUCAUAAUGAACCAGUGAAUCACAACGAAUGAAACUUUGAACCUGAAGCUGCUAAGAGACUUUAUUCUUUAGACUCAGUAAAUAUUUAAUUUGACUUUUAGGCCAAUAAAUACUAUAAAUAGCCGAUUUAUUAGUUCUCCAUCACAGAGUGUCGUCGUCCAGUGAAAACCAUUGGUCAUUUUGAAUUAUGCAAAUAAACUGAUUAAAUGUUUCUAGAUCAGAACAUUUUCCUAAUUCUGCCAAAUAGAAUUUAAAAAGCUUCGUCACAAAGCUGAAAACAGGAUCAAUUCAGAAUCAAUAAACCGCUUCAGCUCCGAAACUAAAUCCCUUUUAUUUUAAUUUACAUUCAGUUUCAAACUGACGGCUUCAGUGAGCCGGUCAGUGUGAAACCACCUGGGUUCAGGUCCAGCUAACAGUUAGACCUCCAGACCAGGACUACAGCUGGACUCUGGACCGCUAACACGGUGUCGCAGAAGAUGAUUCAGUUUGAUAAACAUUCGUCGAAAAGAAAGAAAGAAAACUGCUCUGUUGUUUCAGCGCCAAACGUCUGCCUGUUAGCUAGUGAGAUCAUGUUUAACAAGCCAGCUAACAUUAGUUAGCUAACAUUAGCUUGUUAGCUAGGGAGAUGUUAGCUAACCUCAGCUAACUAGUGCUAGCUCCUGAGAGAGGAAACACUGCAUUUAAGCAGCUUUGAACCAUCACAAUACAAUCUGAACGUGUUGUAGCUUGUUAGCUAAUUUUAGCACAACAGUUGUUCAUUAUGGCAAUCAUGAACAGUAAAUGCUAGCUGGCUGGCUAAGCUAGCUUUAGUUGUUUAAAUGUAGCUUCAGACUUUUUAUUCUUCUCAUUAAUAUUUAAUGGAACUGAAUCAUCUUCUGCUACGAGUUGCUAGCUAACGUUAGCAUCACGUUACUUUCCCUGCUGAGUCAAACCGUCCAACACGUGAACAGCAGUUCCAGAUGUGUCCACAAGUUUAUCUUCUUAAUUUAAUAAAGUGUUUUUGUUAACCAAAAACAUUUUACUUCUUAAUUUCUGCACAAAAGCAGCGACUUUAAAAGGCAAAAAUAACAAAAACAUGUUUGCGUUCUUCGCACGUCUGCAGCUCGUGUGUCGUACGAUUCGGUUUGUAUUAUUAUGUCAAAGCACAAAAUGUUAGUUUUAAAACGUGAGUUUGGCUCUUAAAGCAGAAGCUUAAAUGUGUUUAUGUAACUUCAGUGUCAAACUCAGCGUGGGAACUUUGAGUUUCACACUUAAAUCUGUUCACAAAAGCAUUUAUUUUCCUUCUGUAGCCUCAGUUUAUCACAUUCAGACUGAAGUGAUUUCUCAACGUCAUUUUUACAAACGCGAAAUCUUUUUGUCCCUCAUUUGAUCCCGUAUCUGUCGCCUGAUACGGGAUCAAACGGGAACUUAAAGCGUCCGUCCUUCGCGGCACGUUUCUGUAGACAGCAAGUGAAUCACCACGAGAUAAUCGACUUGCGAUAGAAAAUGGCUGCAGGAUUACUUUUAAGUCGCUCCUCAAUUGUGAAAAUGUUGUUUUUGUUUUUAGUUAUUUCCUUUAUGAACCAAACAAUCAGCAGACUAAUGUAUAUAAUCGCAGACGCUCUCUUCUUCUGUAGAAAUGAAGGUGUGAACAUCCUGUUUGGGUUUUUCAGUGUAAAAUGUUUAAUAUUUAGGUCAAAGUCACAUUCCACCUUAAAGCCUUUUAAUGAUUAUUGUUUUGAUUGUACAUGAAUUCAUCUGUUGGUAGAAAACACAAACUCUUGAUUGUCAAACAUGUCCACUUUAUUUCUUUUUAUUUUGUUCUGUACAUACAUGAACAUCUGUACAAAAUCAGACUCGUACUAUGUAACGCUCUAACUAAUUAAAUACAUCAUAUGUACAGGAA